AUGCCAUCUGUCAGCUCGAACGAUGAAGAGCCGCUUCUCACGGCGAAACGUCGACUUCACGAUGAGUUGGACUCGAAUGAUGAUGAAACCUUAUUUGAAAGAAGCACAUCAAGAUCCCAGCACGAUGUCAACGAGGGCGCCGGCACCAGAUUAACAUAUGAGGAAGCCGUUGAGGCAUCAGGCUUCGGCCUGUUCCACUGGCUUCUACUGCUGGUGUGCGGCUGGGCGAACGCCAGCGACGCCGUGGAGAUCGUCUGCGUGUCUUUCCUGCUGCCCACCGCACGCUGCGAUCUCUUGCUCAGCUCAUCCGACAUGGGCCUGCUGACAGCCUCCAUUUUCCUCGGGAUGAUGGUGGGAGGCUACAUGUGGGGUUACUUGGCUGACCGGAGGGGGCGCUGCAGCGUCUUGGUGGUCUCCCUGAGUGUCAAUGGCCUGUUCGGAGGGCUAGCCAGUAUCGCGCCAUGGUUUUGGCUAUUCUUGCUGCUCCGGUUCAUCAGCGGCGUUGGUGUUGGCGGUUCCAUUCCCGUCAUCUUCUCCUACUUCUCUGAGUUCAUGCCCCGACAGAGGCGUGGUGCGAUGAUCAGCGCACUUGCUACCUUCUGGAUGGCGGGAAAUAUUCUGGCUGCAGGUCUCGCCUGGUUGGUGAUCCCUAGAACAUGGACGCAUUUUUCCUUGGGGAAAUUGGACUUCCAGAGCUGGCGAGUGUUUGUGGUGCUCUGCUCGAUCCCGAGCCUCACAUCAGCUGUUAUCUUUAAGAUGUUCAUGCCUGAGAGCCCCAAGUUCCUUAUGGAGGCCGGUCGAGAGAAGGAGGCCAUCCACGUCUUCCGCCAGAUGUUUCGACUGAACAUGCGUGGGAAAAGAGUGUCUCCCCCAGCAUUUUCUUUGCACGUGAACAUCAACCAGAGAGUACGCGAAACUAAGACUCGGCACCCAUGUGGAAAACUUGGCGCUAUUCUGAAAAAGGGGGUGAUGCCAGUCUGUCAGAUGUUUGAUGGAAACCUCAAAUCCAGAAGCUUCAUACUGCUGAUCAUCUUUUACUGCAUUUCCUUUGGGUUUUACGGGCUGUGGAUGUGGUUCCCCGAGCUGUUCGUACGAGUGGAAGAUGGCGGAUCACCGUGCGCCAAUGUGUCCAUCCCGUCUGGACAUCAGAACCAAAGUUGCUACCCUGUCAAGACUGUUGUCUACAAGGAGGGUUUCAUCAUCGCCGCCGCCAACCUUCCGGGUAACAUCUUCACUAUUCUGGUGAUGGACAACAUCGGAGGGAAGCUGCUGCUCUCGGGCAGUUUGCUGGUGUCCAGCCUCAGCGUGUUCCUCAUCUACGUGGUGAAGACAAAAACUCAGAGUCUGGUGCUUGCCUGCUUGUUCAGCGGCGUGUCCGUCAUCUCCUGGAACGCCCUGGAUGUCUUGGGCACCGAGCUUUACCCGACACAGCUACGUUCAUCGGCGCUUGGCUUCUUCACGGGGGCGGGCCGAGUGGCGGCCAUCACAGGGAAUGUGGCCUUCGGCAACUUGGUGGACUUGGACUGCGCCGUGCCCGUCCUGUUGGUGUCGGCCAUGCUGCUUACCGCUGGUGUUGCGGCGCUUUUUUUGCCGCGCAGCAAACAGACCGAGCUCACCUGA